AUGGCGGAUAAGUCGAAGAAAACCAUUUGUCUUUUCAAUUGCGAUAACACCUAUAAGCUAGAUGUGGUUGAGGCGUUCCUGAUGGAAAUGAACGAGAAACAUGGCUUCAACUUCGCGAUUGGGAAGUACAACCUUGGAUUGCAACAAAUGGCCGAUUAUUGUAAGACAAAAAUUCCACAAAUUCAGAUGGAUUGUGCAAUUUUUGUCCUACAUGCACACGAGUCGCGUCUCUCGAUCAACGAAGAUAGUGCAGGGAUUGGCUACGCGAAGAUCUACAGAGCUUUGUUAGAGGCCACAGAAAACAAGGUGUUGAUCGUCAUCGGUGGCGAUGAUGAAUACAAAGAAGAAGACGAUGAAGAACAGGUUGUUAUCUCACGUUGGGCACGAAGGAAGGUAGAGUCACAGUUUGAUGCGGAGUAUCUGGAUGGAAGAAAGAGCUUCAUUUUUUCUUGGAAUAAGGCGCACAGAAAAAUCCACGAGGAGGCGCUAUUCCAUUACUUUGAUCCAAGCAAAUAUGGGAAAAAGUUCCAAUACCAACCAAAACUGAGACAAAAACAAGACUACGGCGAGGCACCGCUUGGAGAUAGAAAGGAAACACCUCAGCCGAGAGGAAAUGCAAAGCAAGAAAAACCCUCCGUUGAGCCUAAAUUUGUCGGUGAGAAACCUCAAAAUAAAGGAAAUCAAGCAGGUGAAAGGACAGGAGAGAGAGAAACUAGUGAGUUAAGACGUUCCCAAAACCAACCUAAUUAUGGAGCUGCAGCCAUGAGGUGCAAUCCUCAUUACCCAGAGGGCAUUGUACUCCUGGAGACGCGUUUGUUUCAGGGCGAGAUUUCAUACAAAAAGUGGCACAUUAGAGAACGACAGGAUGCAUGGAAGCCAUCUGAUACACAGGUUGUGAAUGUGAGAGCAGACAGGCCAACGGAAGCCGGAAGUUUUUCAGUGCAGUUUAGGAGUAAAGGCAACAAUGGGGUUAGCUACGCUUUUAUCCCCACACCUUGGUGGCGCAAAUGUUUUGAUUGCUUUAGGAUGUGUUUGUUUUGUGGUUGUUGUGAUGAAAAUUAGUAAUUAGGGGCAGGAUAUCCUCUCUUGAUUUUCAGAUCUUCACCAUACUGUCAAAUCAAGAAAAUCUGCCUCUUUUCGCCACCUACUGUCGCUUUAUAGCAGAACUUUGCAAGAGCUAAUUGACAUUCCCUAUACAUUAGUCCCCCAAAAAACUGAACUUUCACAAAUAGCUGUUUAUUAGUAAUCACCGAAUCAAAAUUUACGAUUUCAAUAGCCGUAGUACUUCCGAGGUCGGGCUUCAAUGGUUAAUUAACUGCAGCUUAAUUUUUAAUUAGUUUAAUUCAAUCAAAAAGACAGCUUGAUUGAAUGAUAUUUUCUCACAAGCUAUCGGUUAUGGCAAAAUUAAUUUGACUUAGAGAAGAGGGGACAGUCAGUAGCACUAAAUAACACUCAACUUUUGUUUUUUUUUUCCAAUUUUACCCCUAAGCUUAAUGGGAAAAACAUUUUAGUUUACAUUCGAAACGAAACGAAAGCAACAAAGUAGCUUAUGUUCAUUGAGCAAUAGGAUCAACAACCUGCAAUAAAAAUAUGCAAUACCGUUAGAUAACCUCUGAAUGUAAUGUAACGAGUUGGUAAUGUCCACUACCUCUUUUAGAUUUAACUGCUAUGUUGUAAAUUGUGGCAGGGAUAAACGUAAGAGUUAUGUGGAAAUUUUCGUAGCAUUAUAUUAAAGUGUUUAAAACUGCUCUGCAAAGAAAAAAGUUUACCAAAAUAUUUUCACUAAAGGGAAGGUAAAAAAGCUCGCUUAAAUGCUGACUUCGUCAUUUUCAGCUGAGAUGGAAACAAUAGCAACCUUGAAAUCGAUUAAAUAUACUUCAUUCCUGGCAACCAUUGGCACUGUCAUGUAAUAUGUUUCUAGUGAGAUAAAAGAUGUGGCAGCACAUAUCUCCUUGUAUUGGUUAUAUGAUAUUCAAGAAGAAAUUUUAAGUUUUAUUUUGAUUUAUGUUUACAAAUAUGUAUAGGGUUCUAGGACGUCACGUAAAACCAUUUACAUUCCUGGUUGAGAAAUCUCCCUUCCUUGGCUGAGACAGCUCCUUUCGGAGUGGGGGGAAUGGGAGGGACACUUAAUUCGGUCUCAAUCCAUCUUCUAUUGCGAUGAAAAUUCGUAUCUGUUUCUCUUUCAAGGCAAGUAGAAGUUAAUUUUCGAUUUGCUGGUCUUGCAGUCUUAUAAAACAUGAGAGAGACAUCGAUUGAGAAGCUUCUAGGCUAAAGGUUGUAUUUCCUUAUGGUAAAAGAAGGAAAAAUCCGUUAUAAUCACUUCUGAGCCCAAGUGUACGGGAAUUUGGGUCUAAUGCACGUAUAGUGGAAUUUCUGUGAAACGAGAAAGAAGAAUAA